AAUGGAAUCUGAAACGAAAAUGAGGGAAAUGAAGAGAGGGUGAGCUUUGUGAACACUCAACGCUUCUCUUCUUUCUCCCAAGUGUCCCUUUAACGGCUGUUACUCAGUUGAAUCUGGUGUCUGGCAUGACUUAUUAAUCACAUAAGACAAAACUCUGAGAUCUUUAGUGAGAACAAGAACUUGGGAAAAGGCAGCAAGUUGGAAAUCUCAGCAUUUUAAUCUAUGCUUUCUCUUCUGCUCAUUUUGUUGGCGGACUUAGAUGGCCAUUCCGUCACUGGAACCACAUAGUGGAAGCCAAACCUACAAAUACCCCUUGCUAAUGGAAAGGACAGAAAAUCAUGGUGACCGUGAACACAUCAUUGACAUAACAAGGAAUGAUGAUGCUUCGUCGAGCUCAUCUCAUGAUGAUCACCAUCCUGUAAUGAACCCACCACAGCAUGAAGAGAGACCAUCAAGUAGCACUCAAACUCCUACUAAUCAAACUUCAUCUUCAUCAAACAGAUUAAACUCCAGGAACUCAUCAUUCAUGAGGAGAAGUGAUGGUUAUAGUCGGAGGAGGAGGAGCCCAUUGAAUUCUGGGCUAUGGAUUUCUGUUGAGUUAGUUGUAACUGUGAGUCAGAUCAUAGCAUCCAUUGUUGUUCUGUCAUUGUCAAGACAUGAAAAUCCACGAGCCCCAUUGUUUGCAUGGGUUGUGGGUUAUGCAUCUGGUUGUUUUGCAACACUUCCUAUUCUUUACUGGCGCUAUCGUAGCCGCAACCAGAGUAAUGAGCAAGAGUCUAGUCAAUCACGUCAGGUCUCUUCUCAAAACAACCCUUCUUCUGAACCUACUUCUUAUACAGCUAUCUCGGUCAAUCAAGCCUCGGAAACCGCCGGAGCAGCCACAAGACGCAGUAGAUUUGUAGGAAUCUUUCGUAUGAGGUUCAGUGGAAUGGUGGACCAUUUUAAGAUGGCCUUGGACUGCUUCUUUGCAGUGUGGUUUGUUGUGGGCAAUGUGUGGAUAUUUGGAGGUCACUCUUCUCCCUCUGAUGCUCCCAAAUUGUACAGGUUAUGCAUAGUGUUCCUUACCUUUAGCUGUAUUGGCUAUGCUAUGCCAUUCAUACUAUGUGCAACAAUCUGUUGCUGCUUGCCUUGUAUAAUUUCAAUUCUGGGCUUUCGAGAGGACCUUUCUCAAACGAGAGGAGCUGCUCCAGAAUCUAUUGAUGCCCUACCAACAUACAAAUUUAAGUUAAAGAAAAAUGGAGAUGUUGAUGAUCAGGAAGUCAACUCAGGAGCAGGUGAAGGUGGAGUCUUGGCUGCAGGAACUGAAAAAGAGCGUGCCAUAUCUGGUGAAGACGCUGUUUGUUGUAUCUGCUUGGCAAAAUAUGCUGACAAUGAAGAGCUGCGGGAGCUACCUUGCUGCCAUUUUUUCCAUGUGGAGUGUGUGGAUAAAUGGCUGAAGAUCAAUGCACUAUGCCCCCUCUGUAAAUUUGAGGUUGGUGGAACUAGUGGGGCAUCACCCAAUGCCUCAAGCACCAGUGAGCACCAAAGGGAGAGGCCAACAGCUGGAUUGCAAACUUUCAAAUGGAGAUCCUCUUGUGCUUCAACCCCAUUUGCAGAGUGAUGUAUUUAAACAUCCACUUUGAUCUCAGCAAGUUGGCCUGGACACCACCAGCAAAUAGGUCAUAUGUGGGUUUUGAGUCAUGCGAUAUACAGAACAUUUGAGUUGGCCAUGAAACAUUGUGCUUUCUCAGAUUGAUGAAGCUAAAGGGAGAAAAAGAGGAAAAUUCUCCUGGAUUAUAAACAUGAUUUUUCUCUAUGUAUAUGGUUUCUAUUUCAGACAAGCGAAAAACUCGGGUCUUUAUGUGUUUAUAAUGGGAUGAAAAUGAGCGAAUUUGAGUAGCUAGCCAUUCAGACAGCUUCGCUAUAUAUGGGGCAUGUCUUGUGUGGAAGCCUGGGUUGCUCAGAGGGAGGCCUGAUAUAAGUUGAACACUGCAAGGGAGGAUUGUGUUUUGUAAUCACAUUCAGCUUUGUUCCAUGAAACCUUGGUUGAUCUAAUUGAGGACUGCAGCAGAAAGUUGUGAUAAAUUUGCUAAUUUUGUAAGCAUUAUAAUUAGAGAAUGGAAAAGUGUGAUACAAUACAUUGGUCUGAAAGUAAAUGUAAAGCAGGAGCCCAUCCUUUAAUAAUCCAGAACAUAUGAUAUGCUAUCAUUUCAUGA